AUGGCAAAACUCCUAAGGGUUUUGGAUUUGGGAAAAAUCAAUUUGGGUGAUGUGUUUCCAAGUGAAAUAGGAAUGCUUGUGCAACUGGCCUUCCUGGCAAUUGAAGGCUAUAUGACGGACAUCCCACCAUCGAUAGGUAACCUAUCUAAUCUUGAAACUCUUAUUCUGAAUCAAUUAAGAUACGGCAAGGCACUCUCACUUCCAGGCACUUUCUGGAAUCUACAGAAAUUAAGGCAUCUUUCAAUAGGGACUCCAGGUUGUAGUUUUUCCAUGGAAAAUCAGGCCACAUCACCUGAUUUAUGUGAAUUGGAUAAGCUUUCUGAUGUCGCUAUUCCUUGUCCGGGCGACAUGGACGGUUUAAUGAAAAAGUUUCCAAGAGUCCGUAAGUUGAAAUGCAACCUUUUGGUUUCCCCUAAGGAAACAGGAGAUUACAUCAAGGUUGUGGUUCCAGAAUCUUUGAGCCAACUAGAAUCGCUUGGUAUAUCACAGUUUUUGACAGGUGGAAUAUAUAAACCCAGAAAGUUUGAAUUUAGUUUACCUGCAAAAUUGAAGAAGUUAUCAUUGGCCUUCAUGGACUUGUGUGGUAGAAGUCUUUCAACCAUCUCAAAAUUUCCAAACCUUGAAGUCCUCAAAUUUACUUGGGUGAGCUUUGAAGGAAGCACAUGGGAAAUGGAAGAAGGAGAACUCUCCAAACUCAGAUUCUUGAAAUUGUCAUCACCGGGUCUGCUCUCCUGGAGUGCUGCAGAGGAUCAAUUCGAGUGUCUUGAGAAGUUGAAAUUGCUGGAUUGUACAUUUUUGGAAGAGUUGCCUUCGUGCCUCGAAAAUAUUCCAACUCUUGCGGUGAUUCAGGUCGUAAACUGUUCAAAAACUGCAGUAGAAUUAGUGAAAAAUAUCAAGGAGAUACAAGAGGACAAUGGAAAUUCAGAGCUGGAGAUCAUUACUUCCUGGUUUGGUUGA